AUGGUGGCAGGGAAAUUGGCAUCAGCGGCCCUGGGGCUGGCUACCGGCAUCCUCCUUCAACGCAGGAGUGGCACACAUAACGCAAAGAAAAUUCUGAAGGGCAAUUACAACCUGCUAAACCGCGAAGAAAAAAGGACAGUGUCUACCUUGCUGUCCCUUGGACAUGGACACGUCUUCAGAGCCUGGCCCCCACCAGGAGUAAAUGAUAGGCAGAAGAAGAUUCUCCUGCAAAAGGCUGCUGCAUACCUGACCACUGCUGGGCAGGACCUCGACGCAGCAAGGCUGCAGGUGCUGCAAGCUCCCAAGGUCCUCAAGCGGCCGAAGACCAUUAAGGCGCCCAAUGGCGAUGAGCGCGAGGAUCACUACUAUUGGCUGAGGGACGAUGACCGAGAGAACCCAGAUGUCUUGGAGCACCUCAAGGCUGAGACAGCGUAUGCCAAGCAAGUGCUGGCGGACACUGAGGGUCUCCAGGAGGAUCUGUACAAGGAGCUGCGGGGGAGGAUCCAGGAGGCCGACCAGAGCGUGCCCCUGAGGGAGGAUGGCUACUACUACUACACUCGCACUCUGGAUGGGCAGCAGUACGCUGUGCAUGCCAGGCGACGCGUGCCUGACACUGCUGGACCUCCAUCAGAGACGGAUGUGAUGGAUGAGUCACUGCCGGAGGAGAUCCUGCUGGAUGAGAAUGCAGAGGCGGAGAAGCACAGCUUCUACAUGGUGGGCAGCUUCGAGGUCAGCCCCGACCAGCAGCUCUUAGCCUGGGCAGAAGACACUGUCGGAGGCGAGAAGUACACCCUGCAUGUGAAGGAGAUUGCAACGGGCAAGCGCCUGCUCAAGGAGCCCAUACCGGACACUGCAGGCAACGUGGCAUGGGCCAAUGACAACAAGACGCUCUUCUAUGUCACCAAGGACAAGCUCGACCGCCCGUUCAAGAUCUGGAGGCACACGAUCGGCUCAGGAGAGGAGGAUGCUCUGGUUUACCAUGAGACGGACGACCAGUUCUACAUCGGCAUCGGCCUGACACGCAGCAAGAAGUUCCUCUACAUCAGCGCAGGCUCGGCAAUCACAUCGGAGAUGCGGAUACUGGACGCGGACGCACCGCGCGGUGACUGGCGGGUGGUGCUGCCGCGGGUCAGCGACGUGGAGUAUGACAUCAGCCACCGGGGAGACCACCUCUUUGUGCUGCUGCGCGACGCCGAGCGCCAGAACUCCGAGCUGCUCGUCGCCCCCCUGGCAGACCCCACCGCCACCAAGGUGCUGCUGCCCCACAGGAAGGAAGUCAAGCUCGAGUCUGUGCUGGCCUGCCACAACUAUGUGGUUGUUUUCCACCGCACCAACGGCCUCCAGGGCGCCACUGUGUACCCGCUCGGAGGAGGGGCGCCGACGGAGCUGAGCAACGGGCAGGACAUUGCCUUUGAGGAGGCAGCAUACGAGCUGGGCCCGGGCGGGCAGGGCGACUAUGAUAGCGAGGUGCUGCGGCUGGGCUACUCCUCCCUCUCCACACCCUACUCCACCAUCGACUACAACAUGGCCACUGGCAAACGGGCCACGAAGAAGGUGCAGCCGGUACUGGGCGGCUUCGACAGCAGUAACUAUCGCACAGAGCGGCUGUGGGCCACGGCGCCGGACGGAGUGCGCGUGCCGGUCUCCCUUGUCUACCACAAGCGCCUGGCCAAGCUGGAUGGCUCAGACCCCCUUCUGCUUGACGGAUACGGUUCAUAUGAGAUGUCGAAUGAUCCCGGCUUCAACCGCAACAUGCUGAGCCUGGUCGACCGCGGCUUCAUAUUUGCGAUAGCGCACAUCCGCGGCGGCGGCGACAUGGGCCGCGCCUGGUACGAGGAUGGCAAGUUCCUGAAGAAGAAGAACACCUUCACCGACUUUAUCGCCGUGGCAGAGCACCUCGUCGCCCACAAGUACACCAGCCCCUCCAAGCUCUGCAUCGAGGCACGCAUCACCUCUCUCCCUCUCUGCGCAUGCGGGCGAUCGGCUGGAGGCCUGACAAUGGGAGCGGUGGUGAACAUGCGGCCAGACCUGUUCAAUGCGGCCAUCUUUGGCGUGCCAUUCGUGGACUGCCUGACCACAAUGCUGGACGAGACCAUUCCCCUCACAGUCAUCGAGUACGAUGAGUGGGGCAACCCACAGAAGCCAGAGUUCUACGAGUACAUGAAGAGCUACUCGCCUGUUGACAACAUACGCAGGACAGACUACCCCAAUAUCCUCGUCACAGCAGGCCUUCAUGAUCCACGCGUCGGGUAUUGGGAGCCUGCCAAGUAUGUGGCAAAGCUGCGCGAGCACAAGACGGACCACAACAUGCUGAUCUUCAAGUGCGACAUGGGAGCGGGUCACUUUUCACAGAGCGGCCGAUUUGACCGCCUGAAGGACACAGCUCUGGAGAUGGCAUUCCUGCUGAAGUGCCAAGGCCUGUUAAACAGGGAAUCUGCAGCAUGA